AUGGAUACAGUUAUUACAAUUGAAGAUGAGUUGGUUAAAGCUCUCGUACAGGCUGAGUGUAUUCCUGAGAGUCACGGUGAUGAUAUGAAGAAAAUGUCCUUUCAGAGGAGUGCGAGAACUGAUAAGGGUGUUUCUGCUGCUGGUCAGAUUGUCUCACUGAAACUCUGGCUCAUCGAUAACUUACUAGACAAGAUCAAUGAAAAUUUACCACCGUGCAUCAAAGUAUUGGGAUUGAAGAGGGUAACUGGGAGAUUCAACUCGAAGAACACCUGUGAUGCCAGAACCUACUUCUACAUGCUGCCUACAUUUGCAUUUGCUCACAAGGACCGUGACAAGCAGGAUAAAGAGUAUCGUCUGAGCAAAGAGACACUUGAGCACGUGAACAGAUUGUUGGCAUGUUACAAGGGAACCCGCAACUUCCACAAUUUCACCUCGGGCAAGGGUCCUCGGGACCCCAGUGCAAAGCGCUACAUAAUGGAGAUGUUUUGUGAGGAGCCUUUUGUGAGGCAAGGUAUGGAACUUGCUAUCCUGAAGGUCAAAGGCCAAAGUUUUGUGAUGCAUCAGAUAAGGAAGAUGAUUGGCUUGGUGAUUGCCAUAGUGAAAGGAUAUGCCCCUGAGUCCAAAAUGCAGGAAAGCUGGGACGAGGAGAAGGUUGAUGUUCCGAGGGCCCCUGGUCUUGGGCUGGUAUUAGAUACGGUGCAUUUUGAAAACUAUAACCGUCGUUUUGGUAAUGAUGGAGUUCAUGAGCCUCUGGACUGGGCUGAUGCUGAAGAACGUAUUGCGGGCUUCAAAGAGGAUUACAUCUAUCCUACUAUUAUUCAGACUGAGGCUGAGGAGCAAUCAAUGGCUAAAUGGCUAUGCACGCUGCCAAUCCAUAAUUUUGAUGCCACUGCAUCAAGUGUUCAGGUAAACGAGGAUGACUCGAAGAAAACCGGUGAAGGCAGUGAUGGAGAUGAUUCUGACUGAGUUGCUCGCUCAAAGAAUGGACAUUCAAAUGUGGUUUCCAAGACAGCUGAUGGAAUGCGAGGAUUGAGACUUCGCGAUAGCAGCUGGAGUUCUUUCACUCAGGUGUUCAGACGUUUGUGGAAAUGACCUCUGGCAAGUGAGAAUUGGCCGGAAGUUUCAACUUUCACAAACAUUUUAGAGAAGAAGCUCAAUCAGGGACCAGUAAUGGAUUCUAGUAUUUUCAGUUUUAAAACUUUUGGCCUCAUUUUACUCUUUGCGUGUGUGCGUAUGCUUUUGUUGCUGUUGAAAAGGAUUGAAAGUUUUAACACACGAGAAACCACCUGCUAAUGGACCCCUUAAAUCAUUAUUUUUGUUAAUCUUUAAUAAAAUUUUACCCAUCUCUUUUCUAUAAAUUUUAAUUUCUGCUGUCUGAAUGCUGUUAAAUGAUUUGUACAAACUCAACAGAGGACAUUUUCCAUAUGAUAUUGUUGCCUUAACUCCUCUCUACUUGUACUGAUCUAAUCAUGUUUCUGAUAUCCUGUCUUCUAAUCGGGUAAUUGAUCAGAGUUACAAUGCAACAACAUCUGUAUUUGAAUUCAAGCAUUGUUGCUUUGCAGCUUUUAACUGAAGGCAAUAAAAUGGAGAAAAUUCACC